AUGUUCGUUGACUACUUACGGACGGCCCUGACACAGCCAAUCAAUAUCAUACCAGCUUUCAUCAUUCUGGUUGUUGUCUUCAAGAUCCGAGCAUGGUACAAUGACAACGGCAUUCCGUCUGUCAAAUCAAAUAUUCCAAUCGUCGGAAACCUCCUGGACUAUGCUAAGGAUAUGGAGAAAUACGUCCGAGAGUCCGGCAAAAAGUACGGACAGGUUUUUCAGAUCAAUCUUCUUCUCACAAAUACCAUCUGGCUUAACAGUCCUGCCCUGAACAAGGAAUAUCUGUUCGCCCGUGAGGAUGUUUGGUCGUUCGGAGAUGGUAUGGGGGUGUUCCUCAACAAGGUCGUCGUUCCAAACUUUUUCGACCAGCUCCGUGUCCUUGUUGGAUCCCUCAGCAGAGGAAUCUCCAAUAAUGCUGCCAUGUCACAUUACACCGAUCUAGCUGGCAUUGAGACUGAGAAGGCAAUUGCAAGCUGGGCUAACCGCAAGGAGCCUCUGGCCCUUUUCAAGGACACCUCUUACAUCGUGCACAAGACCAUUGUCCAAUGUAUGAUGGGUCCCGACUUUUACGAUGCUGCUGAUGAGCUUUUUGACCUGCUUCACGUCAUGGAGGCGAAUCUUGGUAGCAUUUGGAACUUCAUCCUUCCCGAAUGGCUCCCUCACCCAGCUGCUAAGAAGCUGUGGGAUGCCCGUGACCGCACCAAGGAGAUUUUCAAUGUCCGCCUUGCUGCUCGUGAGAAGGAACCAGAAAAGUGGAAGAAGGAGCUGGACUACAUUUCAUACACCCUCCGAGACCCUGUCACAGCUCAUCUGAAGGAUAAAUACAGUGCCCUACAUACGGUGCUAAUGUUUGCUGCCCACACAAGUACUGUUGCCGGUGUUGCCUGGACCAUCAUCGAGCUUCUCAGGAACCCCCACUACCUCGAGCGCCUUCGCAAGGAACUAGAGGCCAACCCAAACCCAGACGAAUCUGAGUUCCUAGGAGCUCUCAUGAAAGAAACCGUCCGCCACUACGUAGCAUUCAAUGACCUUCGCUUUACUCGUCAACCCAAAACACUUACUAACGCAGACUCCAAGAAGGCUAUCACCAUCCCCGCAGGCACCAUGGUAUCCAUCUCCCCCUAUAUCACCCAUCAUGACCCUAGCAUCUGGGAGAACCCUAACGAAUACCUGCCUGAGCGAUGGAUCAACGAUCCCAAUUUGCAGAAGAAGAUGAACGAAGGCAAUAAUAUCCGCUACUUGCCCUUUGGUGCUGGAAGCCAUCGCUGCCCUGGAGAGAAGAUGGCUUUGAUGAUGAUGAGAACCAUUGUUGCUAAGAUUGUUAUGACUUGUGAUAUGGACUGGCCCGCUGGCGGGGCUAACCAGAAUACCACCGACUUGGAUUUUGCCAAAAUUGGAAGCCCAUGGCUCAAGGGUGAUAUCCGUGUUAAGAUUCAGCCCAAGAAGAAAUAG